AUGGCUCCAAAAUCCGAUAGCGCAGAAGCAAUCGUUCUCAACUUCGUCAAUGAGCAAAACCGGCCACUGAAUACGCAAAACGUUGCGGAUGCGUUGCAAAAGUUCAAUCUGAAGAAGGCAGCGAUUCAGAAAGCAUUGGACAAUCUCGCUGAUGGAGGUCGUAUUUCGUUCAAGGAGUAUGGCAAACAGAAGAUAUACCUUUCGCGGCAAGAUCAAUUCGAAAUUCCAAAUAAUGAAGAGCUUAAUCAGAUGAAGGAGCAGAAUUCUAACCUGCAGAAACAACUAGAAGAUCAGAAAAAAGCAAUUAGUCACGUUGAAGCUGAAAUUAAGUCGUUGCAAUCAAAUUUGACGCUGGAACAGAUCUAUGAAAGAGAAGUGAAUUUGAGAAUGGAGGUUAAAGAAAUGGAGGAGAAAUUGUCCAAGUUACGUGGAGGUGUUACUCUGGUGAGGCCAGAAGAACGCAAGGCAGUUGAGGAUAUGUUGUAUGAGAAAAUAAGUCAGUGGAGAAAGCGUAAAAGAAUGUUCAAGGAUGUAUGGGAUACCCUCACUGAGAAUUCACCUAAGGAUCCAAAAGAAUUUAAGGAGGAGCUUGGAAUAGAAUAUGAUGAAGAUGUUGGGGUGAAUUUGCAGUCAUCCAGUGACUUGCUUCAACAUGGCAAGAAGCGGCCUAGGGGGCAGUGA